CUGAGAGUAAGCCGCCAUCAUGAAGAUCUCUUUCGUCAUCGCCUGCGUCUUCCUGUGUUUCGUCGACGUCCAGAUGUCCGAACAAGCAAACAAAUAUCCGGACUUUGAAUGUUACGGCAAACGCUUAGAUUAUCUAAAUGCAGUACCCGUGGAAAGGAUGGGCAUCGGAUGCUCUGAGGACGAUCUGCCACCAUUUAGUGAUUGUGAAGAACGUGAGUCCUUGGUUUGUUUUUGUUUUCUCAAAUUUUACUUUUGAAACUGUAACUUUAACUUUCCCUUCGGGUUCAAAAGAUCUUUGACAGGACGCUUAAAUUCGAAGUUGACAGAAGUUCUAACGGAAUUUUUCUUGAUUUAGUGUAAAAGAAAACAUCCUUGAUAGCCAACAAAACUUCUAACGAACUGUGACAGCAAACUGUGCAAAUGUUUUGUUUGAAAUAGAAAUAUGUACAAAUGUUUUGUUUAAAAUAGAAAUAUGUACAAAUGUUUUGUUUGAAAUAGAAAUAUGUACAAAUGUUUUGUUUAAAAUAGAAAUAUGUACAAAUGUUUUGUUUGAAAUAGAAAUAUGUACAAAUGUUUUGUAUAAAUUAGAAAUAUGUACACAUAUUUUGUUUGAAAUAGAAAUAUAAACAAAUGUUGUUUUUUUAAACAUAGAAAUAUGAACAAACUUUUUCUUUGAAAUUUGAAAGGCGGUACAAAUAUUUUGUCCUCUACGGUCAGCUCUUCUAGUUUGUAAACCGUUACAUGGGGCAUAUUUUCAGUGUUCAUACAAGUUGAUUGUGCGCCGCUGCAUAACCAUAAUAAAAGAAUUGUUCUUACCGCCAUCCUCGAAACCCGGUAAUUUUGUUAAAUAAUUGUUUUAAAAAUUGCCUGAGCCCGAAGACUCCACAUUAAGCUAACCCAACCCCUCGCCAAACCUUUUCCCCAAACCCAUCCCCCAUCUUCACUCAUCUUUAUAGAGAAAUAAAAUUAAAAAAACAACUAAAAACACUUCAAUGACUUUAUUGUCGCUAUGAGCUCUCAUGUCUAUAUAUAUAUAGUUGGCCAGCCUCACUCGGGUAUGAAACCUUGGUCAUCGUAAGUGCUUUUUGUGAACUUGGCUUUGGGUGUGCGGAUGGCUCAUGGGGGGGGGGGCGGUUCUGGUACGAAAUAUGCGUGUGCAGUAAGUGCUGGGUUUAGAUGGGACAUCUGCAGGUGCAGAGUUAACCCGGGCUUUUCUGGCAAGUCUUUCAUGCACUACAGCCGCUGUUUCCGUUGGCUUCAUGUUGCAUCAUAACAUAUUUUUACAGUGAACUAAAUUAUUUCUCUUUUAGAAUAAGAAUGUCAUUUUUAAUUUGUGUAAUGGAAAAUGCAUUUAAAUAUUUUACUGUUCUCUUUUUUUUUCAUGGUCGGCUGGCAUGGGAACGACCACAGCGAAGACCGGGAUGACAUUCUUGGGCAAGGCUGACUUCAAGUGUCCCGGUGACAAAAUUGUAACCGGAAUGAAACAGGAAUAUAAUGGAAAAUCCGACAUUGUUGUUCAUCCCUUAUGCUGCAAGGUCAAAGAUAAAGACCUCACGGGAUGUCAAUUUUCAGGGAAAUCAGACGAAGACGAUCACAACUACAACAUUCCAUCCGAUAGAGUCCUCACUGGCUUUAAAACCAAAUAUAACCUCGAACCUAUUUGGAGAAGCUGGGAGUGGUAUACUUGUAAACUUACGAAACAAAAAAAAAAGAACAACAGAAGAAAAAAUUAAAGUUGUUUACUUAAGGCAUUACAAAGUAGUUUGUAAAAUGACUACAUCGAAAAUGUUGUAUCACCUGGUAAAUUAAACAGCUUUCCUC